GCACCUCAAACAUUCACGUGUGCUGGCGGCGACGUGUGUAAGCGCGGCCAAGCGUAGAGAGAACAGAGGCAGACGUUUAACUUCGUCUCCGUUGGCUCCAUGUGAAGCGCUGGGUCGACUGCAUCUCUUCUUCUCCUGCAUUUGAAACCCGAUUCCAUAGAAGUACACGCAGGCACGGGUACGGAGAGGCACAUAGAGCCCCCUCCCUCUCCCCCUUCCCCUCCUCCCCAAAAGGCAAGCGCCGCCUCUCGCUCACCGGUUGACCGGAAAAACUUCACCGACAUUGCCAUCGCGACACCGUACUCUUCACCAUGCCGGCCUCUUCGUUCUCGGCGUCGACGUCACCGCCGCCCCCGUCGGCGUUUGGGUGCCAGCAGCAGCAGGCCUACUCGUUUCCGCUCCACUGCAAGCGCUCCUUCAACCCGACCUUAACCCAUCAGUUUAGGGUGGAGUGGCCGUGGCCGGUGUUGCGGUCCGCAGCGACGGCUGCCACUCCCGCGAUGAACAAGCCUGACCUGCGUCUCGUAACGCACAAAGAAGACACUGCUGGCGAAGACGACGACUUCAACGAGGGCGGUGCGGUAGACGACACGCAGACGACCGCAGUCACGCCUGGCAGCACCACACCACUCUGGCGAGACCGCCGUCGCUACGGCCGCCCCACCUUCAUCGUGGACCUCUCCGGCGAUCCUUUCAUUGGCGAGCUUGACACGCGGCGUGCGGGGCUGCUGCUCUCCCUCGGUCACCGCCUGCUGCUCCCCCUUAUCGCGCUCGAGCCACCGGAGGAGUUACCCGACAAGGCGGGGCCUGCGCACUGGAAGACAGAAUACAAAGCACCGCGCGGGGAAACCGCAGCAAACGCGACCCCGCCGCCGCACUGUGCGGAGCUCCUGGUAGGGGAGGUGGCGGCCAUUGAGAAGAUGGUGCGGCAGCGGCGCGAGUCGGUCGCACUGUCCGCCACACGCCGCAGCGCCGGCGCCUUCGCAAUGCCGUCGUUCUUUUCCAGAAUUAAUUUAAGUGCAACGCAAUCCGCCGACACGGCGCCGUCCGCCGUCUCGCAGGAGGUGGUGCGUGCGGGUGAGGCGGAGGGGCGCUCCUCCACUCCGUCACCGCCGCCUCCACCGGUCCAGCAGACGGCGCGGACGGCGCUGUGCGCACCUCCGCAGCGCAAGCCAGUGCAGAGCUACUUCUUUUAUUCCCUUCCAUUUCGUGUGCGCUGGCUCUCGCAGCUGCAGGGCCGCCUCGUGGUCACUCUCCCCUGUGAGGAACGCAUCCUCACGCUGCACGCUCCACACCGCCUCGCACCGAGCGCCGCAGCGGUGACGGCAGCGGCGGCGGCGGCGCCUGUGCCCAUCACCCUCGUGCAUAGCUUCUCCUUUUCCCGCGGUGUGGUGCCGCUAGAGGUGGCGGAGGUGUUUGACCGCCCUUUCCUCGCCAUCGGCACGCACGAGCACGGCGUGCUGCUGUGCAGCCUGAACACCGCCAGCGGCGCCGUCGAGGCCAUCGCGCGGGUGAUCUCACUGAAGGGUUACGGUGGCGCCUUCUUCCCUGUGACGCGGCUCGCGGUGUUGUUCCCGCCGCAGCAACGCAGCCGGACCGCGCAUCGCCCGGCGUCCUCCGUGGCCGCUGCGUCGCCGCUGCCGUCGCCACCGUGGGUGCCGCGCGCCGCCGCACUGGAGACGCUGCGCGACGGGGUGCUGCUCUGCUCCUCGCCGUAUGAGCCAGCUGCUAUUCUCGUGAAGCUCGACGGAUCGCCUGAGGGCGUUGUGGAGGACUUUGCCAUGCUGCGCGGGGUCGAUACCGUGCUGGAUGUGGCACCGGCGGUGCAGCCCGACCUCGGCCCGCUGCUCUGCACGACGGGUCGCAAGGUACAGUGGCUGCGGUUUCUGCAGGCGGACGAGGAGGCGGAGGCCCUCGCGGCGGUGCGUGCGCGACGCAGCGACGGCGCCGUUGCAGAGCGCUGCGCCCCGGCGGUGCUGUGCGAGCGAAUGGCGCGGUUUGACUACCCCCUGCUGCGGCUCCUGGCCGGCCCACCGGUGCUCCAGACGUUUGCGGGCAAGUACGUCAGCCGCCACCGCUACGCGAAGCACUGGCACUUCGGGGUGGACAACCGCAACCAGGUCAUCUUGAUGGACCGUACGGUGCGGCAGUACCUGUUUCAGUCAGCCUUCCAGCUGUACCGACGCCUACCAGAGGAGCAGCGUGCGACGCCGCCGGGGUCCAUGUUGACGAGCAGCACGACGACAGCAGGGGAAGGAGGCGUCUUCAUAGAGUCGGACGGCGGUUCGGUGACGCUUAAGGUGGAGGAAGACGAAGAAAAAACUGAGGAGACGGCCGUUGCGGUGAAGCAGGAAGAAGCCGACGCAGGCAACACGUUCGGUCACGUGCCAGCGACGAGAGGUGCCAAGCGCACUCGCCCCUCCGCUACCGCCAUCUCAACCGCAGCGACACGCAACACAGCACCGUCGUCUGGACGACGCUGUGCCAAGCAGCCCAAAGCAGAGGCAGCCGCAGAGGACGGGACCAAGGCUGCGUCGGGGAACGGCGUUGUGGGCACCGCACACGCCUUCGCCUGCUCCGUUCCCCUGGAGGACGCGUGCAGCGGGGUGGUGGUCGUCUUUGCGAAGGAUGAAGCGAUCCAGGUGGCCGCCGCGCACGACCGGUGUUACGUGUCGCUGGUGACGUGGCGCGUCGGCCCUCCGCAGCCCCCGCCGCCACCAGCUUCCUUCUUCGCUCCCACGGUAAAGGAAGAGAAGUAG